AGAAUCUUUCAGCAGAUGGGAAGAAAGGGAGCCCUGUUUCUGACGAGACGUAUAUCCCUUCAUUGAACUUUAAAAAAUAGCUUUAAAGAAGUUUUUCUAAAGUAAGUCAGGUACUGUAGACAGCAGGAUCAUGUUGGAGGAUCUUUUCCAGUCUUCAACUUCACUCUUUUUAUCUGUGGCCAUUGUGGUUCUGCUUGGCCUACACUUUAUUUACUCAAGCUUCAGCUCCAACAGCAGGAAGAAGGAGCCACCGGGGCCUAGACCUUUUCCCCUGCUGGGAAAUCUGCUUCAAGUGGAUCUCAAGAGACUCGACCGCUCUCUUGUUGAUCUGUCCAAAAAACAUGGACCAGUGUUUACAUUUUACUUAGGAAUGCAGAAGGUGGUGGUCCUGGCAGGAUACAAGACAGUCAAACAGGCUCUGGUCAACCAUGCUGAGGAGUUUGGAGAACGAGAGAUCAGUCCGUUAGCCUAUGAUUUCAACCAAGGACACGGAAUAAUCUUUUCAAACGGUGAUGUGUGGAAAGAAAUGAGGCGUUUUGCUCUAAGUACACUAAAAGAUUUUGGGAUGGGCAAAAGGAUUACUGAAGGGAAAAUCAUUGAAGAAUGUGGCUACCUGAUUGAAGAAUUUCAACAGCAUGAAGGUGAAGCCUUUGAUAACGCCCAUACGAUGAAUUACGCAGCUUCAAAUAUUAUAUCCGCUCUCAUGUUUGGAAAGAGAUUUGAAUACAAGGACCCUGAAAUCAAAGCUAUGUUGGAAAGAAACCACGAAGUCACCCGUCUUACGGGAACAGCAUCCCUACUGAUAUACAACGCGUUUCCUUGGCUGGGACCUUGUAUUAAAAACUGGAGGGAUUUGAUGAAACUGGUGGAGGACAGCAUGAAGGAAACAAGGAGCAUGAUAGCUGACCUGAAGGAGACUCUGAACCCUGACAUGUGCCGAUGCUUUGUGGAUGCAUUCCUGACCCGUAAACUGAGUCUUGAGGAGGCUGGUGACAAAGAUUCACACUACAAUGAUGAGAACCUGGCUUACAGUGUGAUAAACCUGUUUGCUGCUGGGACUGAUACAACGGCAAAUACACUUCAGUGGUCUUUACUUUUCAUGGCCAAGUACCCUCAGUUUCAAGACAAGGUCCAGGAGGAGCUGAGCAGCGUGAUAGGAAGCCGUCAGUCCAGAGCUGAGGACCGGAAGAACCUGCCGUACACUGAUGCUGUCAUCCAUGAGACACAGAGACUGGCCAACAUUGUCCCCAUGGCCAUUCUUCACAGAACUAGCCAAGACGUCACCUUCCAGGGAUACUUCAUCAAAGAGGGGACUUGUGUGCUUCCUCUUCUUACUUCUGUCCUGCAGGAUGAGAGUGAAUGGGAAACCCCACACACUUUCAAUCCUUCCCACUUCCUGGAUAAGGAGGGUAAAUUUAUCAGGAGAGACGCCUCCAUGCCAUUUUCUGCAGGUCGCAGGAUGUGUCCUGGAGAGAGUCUGGCUAGAAUGGAGCUGUUCCUCUUCUUCACCUCCCUCCUCCUGCGUUUUCGUUUCACUCCACCACCUGGAGUUACAGAGGAUGAACUGGAUCUCACUCCAGUUGUGGGCUUCAUUCUGACCCCUUCCCCACAUGAGCUGUGUGCUGUCAGUCGUCAAUGAGGAAGAGAGCUAGAGCAUUGCAGCCUCCAUGUCACCCUACUGGCCCAGAAGGCACUGCAGGUUCUGGUCCAGAUUAUUCACACUGUAUAGAGUUCUGCAACUCCCUCCCUCCAUCUCAUUCAGAAUGCAGCAGCCUGACUGGUCUUUACACUCCAAGUUCUCCCACACUUCACCACUCCUUAUGCUCAUUUUACUUUAUACCAAUACUGUUCUACACUGCUGUGAAUGGAUCAGGCCCUUCUUUCAUCCAUGACAUGGUUAAACCGUACACUCCAGCAUGUGCACUUUGCUAAAAAGCUAAAAGCUAAUGUACUUGCAUCAUUUGUAGGUCACUUUGGAUAAAAGUGUCAGCUAAAUGAUAUGUAAUACGAUUGCCUUGCUUUAUGCUGUACACAUUUGUAUGACCCCACUGCAGUCAGCAUGUCGUUGUGUCCCUAGGCAAGACACUUCACCCCAAAUUGCUCCUGUGGGGAUUGCCCACAGUAUUGAGUAUGUAAGUCGCUUUGGAUAAAAGCGUCUAACAAGUGACAUGUAAUGUAAUGUACAGUAUGUACAAUAUAUUCAGACACUGCCUCACACAUUUAAAUGGGAAAGUGGUUUGUAUUUUAAUCAUGACUUUAUUUUUUAUUUCUUUCAUUAAUCAUAUAGGUAUGAAAA